CUCCCCACAAGCUCCCCGUUCUGUUGUUCCGCACCCCGUCGGCCGUUAUCGUGCGGUGUCCUGUCCAGGGAACCAUUCUGAUUUUUGACCGCUCCCUUGCAUUGCACACUACUACCUCCCCUCUAUUUUGUAUCUUUUUUUUUGGUGGACGGAGCAUCGUUAAUAUGAAUGCAGCGCGAUUUAGCGCGCUUCACCAGCGGAAUCGACUCCUAUUGCAUACACUUCCUUUGCGGACGCCGGCACAAAGUAGGCGGGUGUUGACUACUUCAAUACCAGUUGCCUCACCUUCCAGCUCUUCGCCAUCUUCCGGUCAUGGUCAUGGACAUGGGAAAGCAUUCAAUUCUUCACUUGCCGUAGACAGCAUUGGUAUUGCAGGCAGCAAUCCUGCCGAAUUCGCUUCAAUCAAUCAGUUCGAGACCUCGCAAACGCUCCCGGAGCCUAUCUCCCCGAUCAAGCAACAUGAAAAACUCGUGCAGUCUGGGGUACUUCGAAGUGACGAUCAUCAGAUUCGCAUCAUUGGCAAACUUCAACGUUUCUGGGAGCAGGUGCUCAAGUACGACCCUCCGCAUAUACCCGAAGUGAAGACGAGUAAUUCAUUGAUGUCUCGUCUGUUUUCUCGUGCUCCUUCAGCACCAGAAACCCCACCCACAUCGGCACCAAAAGGUCUUUACCUUUAUGGUGACGUUGGCACAGGCAAGACAAUGCUUAUGGACCUCUUUUACCAAACACUGCCCCCUUCCAUCACACGCAAGCGUCGCGUGCACUUCCACGCUUUCAUGAUUGAUGCACAUAAACGCAUACACGCUACUAAACUUGCCAUGGGACACUCUGGGGGUGACCCGAUCGCUCCUGUUGCACGGGACUUGGCAAGAGAGGCGUAUGUGCUAUGCUUUGACGAGUUCCAGGUUACGGAUAUCGCAGACGCAAUGAUUCUGAGGCGUUUAUUGGAAGGCUUGAUGAAUCAUGGUGUAGUCUGCGUAAUCACAUCCAAUCGACACCCAGACGAUCUUUACAAGAAUGGAAUUCAACGCUCAAGCUUUAUACCCGCCAUAGAACUUCUCAAGUCGUGCUUUGAAGUGACAGACUUAGAUUCAGGAACUGACUACAGACGGAUACCACGCGUCCUCUCACACGUUUACUAUCAUCCAUUAACACCAGAGAAUAAAGCCGAGGUCGACAAGAUCUUUAAUUCACUAACAUGCCCAACUCCUACUGCUGCACUUCAAGAUCCUGUUGUUGAGAAUCGUCCUAUAACGACUUGGGGCCGCACCCUUCACGUUCCGCUUUCAACAUCAAAGAUUGCGCGAUUCUCAUUCGAGGAGAUUUGCGGCCGUCCGUUGAGUGCCGCUGAUUAUUUGGAAGUGACGAAGCAGUUUAGUACUCUGUUUAUUACAGACGUGCCGAAAAUGGGGAUGGACAAGAAGGAUAUGGCAAGGCGAUUUAUCACAUUCAUAGACGCAUGCUACGAAUCCAAGACGAAGAUUUUUGUAUCGUCAGAAGUACCUAUAUACCAGAUCUUUUCGGAUGAGUCGGCGGGCUCAGGGAAGGGCAUCUCAGAUCACAUGCGGAGUGUGAUGGAUGAUCUGGGCCUAUCACCCGAGGCUGUGGGCUCAAGCUCGAUGUUCACAGGCGAUGAGGAGAUAUUUGCGUUCGCGCGGGCUUGCUCGCGGUUGGUGCAAAUGGGGAGCAAAGAAUGGGCAGAGACAGCUUCUCAAUGACCAGAACACGAAGAUGCUAACGGGGAUCGCGGCGCUCCCUGGUGCAUCAGUAAUGUAUAUAUUGCAUAUCUUCCCUUUAUAUAUAUACAAACUCAUUCUAACAUGCAUCUGCAAAUUCACUUGUUUUGCAUUGUCACUGCUUCCUUGACACAUAUAUGAGUUCGCAGACCAGCGCGAUCCACCGUAACUCCCUCAGCGGUCGGUAACUUACGUUCUGUCAUUGUUUAUUCUCGUGCGAAUUACCUUAACUCUCCCAUGCGACUCACUCUGACUCGGUGGGCGCUCUCGUAAAUGCG